AUAACAUCUACCAUAAUGAAGCUGGUAAUAACUCUGUGCUCGGUGCUCCUCCUGGCAGCUCAAGCGGAGAAGCAAACGGACGACACAACAGCCACGUCGCAAGACCUUCGGCAGAGCGAGCCCCUUCACAGUCAAGAGAAGCGUAGUGUGGCCAAACUUCUCCUUCUCAAGGCUUUACCGCUGCUGAAGAAGUUACCGCCGGUGUUGCCUCUCCCUGUGCCAAUUCCGGUGCCCAAGCCUUUUCCUGUGCCGCUGCCAGUCAGGGUGAACGUUACUCGUUCGUCAGGGUCGAAGCCUUCUCGCUCGUGCACAUAGAAUUGCUAUCAAGAGCAAUUAGGACUUUAUGAUUUAGCUGAUAUGUUGCUGGAUUUUUAAAAACUCAAAUGAAGAUCUACGCCUUAGCCACUGUGUGGUUUGUCUUUCUGACUGGAUUAUGGCAGCGUGUGAAUGUAUUUUUUUUUACAUUAUAUGAAUAAGCUUUUAAAAUAAAACCUUGUGCAAAGAUUAAAAAGGUUAUAUAAUUUCUUCGAAUUUAUCCAUGAUACUGUAACUGAUUCCGACAGGCAAAUAACAGCCUACAGAGGGAGCGGGACGCAGGGAUUAGACCAGCUGGUUGGAACUAAAGGCAGGGUUGUU